AUGCAGAUGGCCGUGCAGAGGUUUAAGAUGACCAGCAUAGAAGCAGUAGUGGAGAAGUGGUACCUUCUUGAACAGCGAGAUGUGGAAAUUAACGUCCGUGAUAAAUGGGACAGUACACCUCUGUAUUAUGCUUGCCUCUGUGGACAUGAGGAACUUGUACGCUAUCUUCUAGCCAAUGGAGCAAAGUGUGAGGCAAACACUUUUGAUGGGGAACGUUGUUUGUAUGGAGCUUUGAGUGAUGCCAUCCGACGUCUGCUGAAGGAGUACAAACAAAUCACAGCAAAGUGCAUGAAGAGAGACUACUAUGAUGUCUUCCUACAGCGGUUGCUGGAGCAGGGUUACCAAAGCGACAUCGUUUUCAUUGUUCAUGGCAAAUCCUUCUGUGCCCACCGCUGCAUUCUCAGCGCUCGCAGUGUCUACUUUGCAGAAAUGUUUGAGACCAAAUGGAAGGGGAAGAACAUGAUAGUGUUGAAGCAUCCACUGAUUAAUCCAGCAGCCUUUGGCUCUCUUCUGCAGUAUCUAUACACAGGUCGUCUUGAUAUCGACGUAGAAUAUGUAAAUGAUUGCAAGAGGUUAGCCAAACAGUGUCGGCUGCAGGACCUCAUAGAUGAUUUGGAGACCAAAUGUAAAAAAGUCUAUGAAUUUGUCUCUUCCAAGCCAGGGACCUGUGUGAAAGUGCUGACGAUUGAGCCCACAGGUAACUGCCGGCUGCAGGAAGAUCUGGCUCUUCUAGCAGACUGCGCCCUGCCAGCCGAACUGCGGGUUGGUUUUGGGGAGUUGCCAUUUGACAGCACUGACAACUUUAACAGUUGUCCCGAUGUGUGUUUCCGGGUGGCAGAUUACAACUUCUUGUGCCAUAAGGCAUUUUUCUGUGGUCGCAGUGAUUAUUUCAAAGCCCUUCUUGAAGACCAUUUCAGCGAGAGUGAGGAGCUGCAGACACAGCCCAGCAUCCCUGUGGUGACUCUCCACAACAUCUCAGAAGACAUCUUCAUCCGGGUCCUCUACUAUAUCUACAGUGAUGAUACAGAGCUGUCCCCAGAAAACGCCUAUGACGUGCUGUGCGUGGCAGACAUGUACCUGCUGCCUGGGCUCAAGCGCCUUUGUGGCAGGACCUUGGCUCAGAUCCUCGAUGAGGACAACAUUGUCAGCAUCUGGAGGAUUGCAAAGCUGUUCCAGCUGACCCGGCUGGAGGAUCAGUGCACCGAGUACAUGGCAAAGAUCAUCGAGAAGCUGGUGGAGUUGGAGGAGUUUGUGGCUGCUGUGAAGGAGAAUGCAGAGGCUGUGGAGGAACGGCAGGAGACUGACUCCAUUCCUCUGGUUGAUGACAUCCGCUUCCACAUCACCAGCAACGUGCAGACUUACAGUGCCAUCGAGGAAGCCAACCAGAAACUUGAAGCUCUGGAAAACCUCCUGGCCAGUAUAGGGCUUGAGUGCUGAUAUGUGCAAACCCUGCCUGUCAUAUGCAGCCUGCGUAGCCCCCACUGGGUUGGCUCAGAGUGCAAGAGCACCCAAGUCUCUGAAUGUCUCUCUUCCCCUUCUUUGUCCUCCUUC